CAUGCGGCCUGAGGGGAGGGGGCCAGAGCCCCCGAAAGGGGCAGGGGUGGAGGAGACCUGGGAUGUCUGGGCAGCCCCCCGGGAGAGAGAGAUAGAGACUGUGCUGGCAGCACGGCCGGCCAGAAGCGGGGGAUGCAGCCAGAGAAGGUGCCCGGCAGCUGUGGGAGUUCUGGGCAGACAGAGGUGAAGAUCUUAACCCCUUUGUAGAAUAAUGGAAACCUUACAAAUACUGAUCCUCCUGAAUCAGAAUGAGGAAAGAGAGAUGAAGCAGUGGGCAAGUGUGAGGAAAGAGAGCGAGAGAUGUUAGAAGCGGUGAGAAGAAUCCUAGGUGGGAAGAGAUGAUGGAGUGGCCUUGGGCUGGACUCUUUCUUGUAUAGCCAUGGACAGACCGAUGUUUUCUUUCCCUGUGACCCAGAGACUGUAUUUAGGGGGAGGCAACACCUUGGAGUCAGGAGUGAAGCAGCGGCGUGAACAGAGACGGCUGAAGGGGGUGUGAGAUGCCCUCUGUCUCCGUGGGGAGGAAGAUCUCUGUUCACGAGGCCCCUCGGCCCCAGGGGGUGAAAUCUGGGGGGGACUGGUGUCCCAAAAUUGAGAGACUGCUGCCUCUGGAACUGGGUGGAGCAUCUUUAAACGGGGAGCCCUAAAAGCAGUCCUGGCCCGUGUCCAGUGGUGAGAGCACUGGACAUGGUGGGGAAGAAGUCACGAGGGCCGAUGUUCUCUGGGCAGGGCCACGAGUGACAUGGAAGCACAGGAGGUUUCAAUUGUGCUUCCAGGGGAAGCCUAUGGUGCAAGGGGGGACUCCUCUCUCCCUGAUGGAUUUGAGGGUGGAUUAUUUGAGGGGUGGUGAUGAACUGGAAGUUGAUUACCUGAGAGAUGGUGACGGGGUGGAAAUCUAAGCUGUUAUUUCAUUCUGUGCAGAAAAGGGAGGGGGGAGGAGGAAUGUAUUUGGAGGAUUUUAAUUUCUUAGCUUUGUGUGUGUGUUCCUUUUUAGAUAUUGUAAUGAAUCAAGUGUUGUGUUUUUCCCUCCAUCCCCAAGUGGGAGCCUGCUUUGUUCUGUUUCAGGGUCACAUCUCACAGCAACCAUUUUGGAAAUACACCUUUCAUGGGGGCCCUGGCACUGUGCCAGGGUCAAACCAUGACACUUGUUUUGAUGGAUGUUGGUUUUCUUAUUACCUUCAUUGAUAAGUUUACCUGUUUCUGCCAAUCUUUAGAGCCAACACAGCCAAGAGCUUCCACUGGUUUGGAUUUUUAUGUCAGCAGAAUGGUUUACCAUGUUCUGUUAUUGGGGAUUCCUCGUUGCUGGUGAUGGGUGAGCCUGAAAAACUACAGCUUUACUUGCACAUCAUAGGCUCCUCUUUAGCCCUCUGUGCUGAAGACCAGAGGUUCUGCCUGAUCAGGAGUCUCUGUUAGCAACUGAAGUUAGCAGGAGAAUGGAAGGGGUUGAGUUUAAGGAAGAGUGGCAAGAUGAAGAUUUUCCAAGGCCCCUGCCAGAGGAUGAUCCUGUUGAGUCUGAAGGAUUGGCUGCAGCUGGAACAGAAAAUGAAGCUGAUACAGAGGGUAAUGGAACCAAAUUGAGGAAGAAACUAAUGGCUCCAGAUAUUAGCUUAACUUUGGAUCCCUGUGAGGAAUCUGUUUUGUCUGAUGACUUGGAUGAGAGUGGAGAGAUUGAUUUGGAUGAUUUAGAUACUCCUUCAGAAAAUAGCAAUGAAUUUGAAUGGGAAGAUGAUCUUCCAAAACCAAAAACUACUGAUGUUGUUAGGAAAGGCUCACUGGCUGAGUACACUGUGGCAGAGGAGAAGGACGACGGUCGCCGCUGGCGAAUGUUUCGCAUCGGAGAGCAGGACCAUAGGGUGGACAUGAAGGCAAUCGAACCAUACAAAAAAGUUAUCAGUCAUGGUGGUUAUUAUGGUGAUGGGUUAAAUGCCAUUGUUGUGUUUGCUGUUUGCUUCAUGCCUGAGAGCAGCCAGCCUAACUACAGAUACCUAAUGGACAAUCUAUUUAAGUAUGUAAUUGGCACUUUAGAGCUGUUAGUAGCAGAGAACUAUAUGAUAGUUUACCUGAAUGGUGCAACAACACGGAGAAAAAUGCCAAGUUUAGGCUGGCUUAGGAAAUGUUACCAGCAAAUUGAUAGAAGGUUAAGGAAAAAUCUGAAAUCGUUGAUCAUAGUUCAUCCUUCCUGGUUCAUCAGAACUCUCCUGGCCAUCACAAAACCUUUUAUUAGCUCAAAAUUCAGCCAAAAAAUUAGGUAUGUCUUUACCCUGGCAGAACUAGCUGAACUCAUCCCCAUGGAAUACGUUGGCAUCCCAGAAUGCAUAAAACAGUAUGAAGAAGAAAAGUUUAGAAAGAAACAGAAAAGAGUUGACCAAGAGAUGAAUGGAAAACAAGAACAGAAAAGUGAACAGUAAAUUUGGAGUCCAAACAAGACUGAAGAACACGCAGAUGGAACGAUGCUGUUUGUGCUCCAUUACAGUGCAUUCUCUGUGUGCAUGUCUUAUAUAAUCUGUUGCAAAAGGUGCUUUGGACUAGCACACAAUGAACUGCUUACUGCUGUAUUGGUUUGUCUUGACUUUAUUUGCUGUUUAUGUAAUCGUUUUAUACUGCUAAAUGGCAAAGAACCCUGUUUUCAGAGGAUGUUCUUGCAACUGUUUAUCUAAAUGAUGCAUGUUCUUCAGUAAAAUAUUUAUAUACCUAAAUGUUAAAGGAAAGAGAUAAUAUAUAUAUUUUUAUGACUGAACAAUAUAUUUUGUGUACCUGCUGAAGGAAUUCAUUUGCAGGUAGACAAGGCCAUAAGUUACUUGUUGUUAUUGUAUAAAUCUGUUUUGCUGUAAAUGGUCAAGUGCAUUUCUUUGUUGUCAUGAAAACUUGUUUGGAUAUUAACAAUCAAAUUAACUUGGCUUUCACAAAUACAGAGAUGGUUAUUUUUGUUCAUUUACCUUACACCAGCUCACUCCUUUACCUCGCCAAAGUGAGCUCCAGCUUUGGUGUCUUUGAGUCCAUCAUUCAGGAUGCAGAACUGCAGUUCUGUGGUGGCAGUUUGUUGGCCAGGAAGUUUAAAUCUAAGCCACAAAAGCUGAACUGACUGGUAAGAUACCAGACCUUUUUCAGCUGAAGUUGUGAAUUUAGAUUCUGCUUCAGGAUGUCAAGACUGUCUCAGCUAGCAGUAGGGAAUGAGUUCAUUGCAGUUCUUUGUGGAUGAAU